AUGAUGACGGGGAUAGUACCAGAUGAGAAUCUAAAGAAGCAGAUGGGUUGUAUGGCUGGAUUUCUUCAGCUCUUUGAUCGCCACCAGAUUUUGACCGGAAAAAGACUCUACGGCACCAAGCGUCUACCUCCGGCGACGGUGCUUGCUACUAUGCCGGAGUCGCAGAAAUCCGUUGGAUCUCCGGCGAUUUCAACAGAAUUGGAGAAGACUAAGCAAACAAGACCCAUGGCCUCGCCAAGUCCAGACCGAUCAAAACCGUCUCCGGAGCCGGAGUUUCGAUCUACCUCGCCGGCGGUUUCUCUUAAAGUGGAAACACCGCCGAGAUCGCCGCUUCCUCUUCCUAUAUUCGAAUUAAAGGAAGGAACGAGGUCUUCAUGGAAGUUCGGCAAAGAGGCUCCCAGGCUCUCGCUGGACAGCAGAGCGACAGUUGAUGCAAAGGGGAGUCUACACCCGAAGGUGAUCCGCACGAAUGCAUCGAUUCUAUCUGCAAAUCGAUGCCAAAACUCUGAAGAUGGAGGAGCCGGUGAUUGCGACGACAAGCAACGCCGAUCGCCUAGCGUCAUUGCAAGGCUAAUGGGACUUGAACCAUUGCCAAAUUCAACUCCCGAACCGGUGCAGAAAGCCGAACUGCGAAGAUCUGCUUCCGAGUCGAGAGCUUCAAGAGAUCUGCGUCAUUAUCGAUUUAUUGAUGGUAACAAUUUCAUGUUAAAGCAACCGAACCAUUCCACCUCUAUGGGAACGAAGAUAUCAGGCAAUGUGAUAAGAGACAAUGCUGCAAUGGAAAACCACACCACCGCAUUGAAUGUGAGACCAGCAAGUCCAAUGAACUAUUCUUCAAGAAACGCCAAGUGUGAGUUUCCAAAGACUUCAAACAGAGGAGUACUUGGACCGCCAUGGAAAUCACCACAGCACCGGAAAAGCUUCUUUGAUUCAGGGGACUUUUUUCCAGAGCCGAAGCAGACUGUUUCAUUCUAUGGAGAGAUCGAGAGAAGAUUGAGAUGGAGAGGAAUCGACGAGCCUUCCAAGGAUCUAGAGACCUUGAAGCAAAUCCUCGAGGCUCUGCAACUCAAAGGUCUUCUUCAUUCCAGAAAGCCUUCAGAACAGAUCAGCCAAAGAAACUUCGUUCGCGACGAAUCCCCAAUCGUUGUUAUGAAACCUUCGAGGUCGCCUGCUUCAGUGAUUAAUCGAAGAGUCGGCAACGAUUCCCCUCCUUCAAGUUUCAGGAGCAAAGCCGAACUUCGCCGGAAUCUCAAUCUUGCCGAAGAAACUUUGCCAAUGGUAAAUCCACGUCGUGAGGGGCAGGUUGUUGACCGGAAUGUGCGGAGCCCAACGAGAGCCAGAAGUUCGAGCUCGCCUAUGCGGAAUGAGAGUAAUUCGAAACAUUCGAACUCAUUGGUUAAACCCAAACCGUCAAGCGUUGAGACGAAGAGCAAAGUCAAUGAGCCAACAGAACAGCGAAGGGUCUCUCCUGUUCGUUCCCCGAAGCCUGGCUCUAGAGGAGCUGGAGCAGCAGAUCAAAACACCACAAGCCGAUCACCAAGAAGUAAAAUGCCAACGGCUGAGAUUUAUCACAAAGAGAAGAUCACCACCUUUGUUACAGAGGAUGAAUCAUCUUCAAUAUCUGAAAGUACUGUUAGCACCUCUUCUCAUACUGAUACAGAGAGAUCAAAGAGGGAGGAAUGGAAAGAAGGGAGGAGUCUGCUGGAGAGAUGCGAUAAGCUGCUUCACAGCAUAGCAGAGAUCACUGCAACCGAUUUGCAACCGAGUCCGGUCUCGGUGCUGGACUCCUCGUUUUACAAGGACGAGUUGUCCUCUCCUUCCCCUGUCAUGAAACGCAGCAUUGAUUUCAAAGUUACUGGUCAAAAAAGAAGAGGGAUUUUAGUUCGAGGGGAAUGGAAACAAGCUAACAAAUUUACUGAGGGGUACAAACAGUCACGCGGGACUGAGAGUCCCCACAGAUGCAAUCGUCGGAUUUGUGAUUGCGACGGUGUCAUUUAA